AUGACCAUGAUAAAGAGGUGGUCCUGGGAGGAGUGCAUGGAGGCCGUGGAGGGCAUGGGGCUGAUUUUGAAAGAAUGUCUGGGGCCCAGAGGGCCAAGCCAGAGACGCAGAGGCACGCUCUCCAACACGCCCCCAGAUCAAGCCCUGUCAGGCCACCCUCUGGUCUAUUUCCUGUCCCAUGUCCUUCUCCACCCACUGCCCUCACGCUUCGUCCCUCCUUCCCUGUGCCCAGGACUCCAGGUACAGGGCACCGGGGUCUGCGUGUGCGCGCAGCGCGGCGCCGUCUGCGGCUCCGACGGCCGCUCCUACCCCAGCGUAUGCGCGCUGCGCCUGCGCGCCCGGUACACGCCCCGCGCGCACCCGGGCCACCUGCACAAGGCGCGCGAUGGCCCCUGCGAAUUUGCCCCCAUGGUUGUCAUUCCACCCCGGAGUGUCCACAACGUCACUGGUGCACAGGUGUACCUGUCCUGUGAGGUGAGGGCUGUGCCCACCCCUGUCAUCACGUGGAGGAAGGUCACACAGUCUCCUGAGGGCACUCAGGUGCUAGAGGACCUUCCUGGGGACCACGUCAAUAUAGCUGUCCAGGUGCGAGGGGGCCCUUCUGACCACGAGGCCACAGCCUGGAUUUUGAUCAACCCUCUGAGAAAGGAAGAUGAGGGAGUGUACCUGUGCCAUUCAGCAAAUGCGGUUGGGGAGGCUGAGUCCCACGGCACGGUGACAGUUAUGGAUCUGAGUAAAUACAAAGUCCCCCGCUUCCCAGCUCCAGACGACCGCAUGUGA